AUGUCGCCGACGCUGUCUUUCGAGCAGGGAAUCCCACUGCACGACGGCACGCCAGGGUUGCUGGAAGAGCACCUGGACAGAAUCGACACCUCGCGUGUCCGCACGACGAAGGACGCAGUCAAGAAAACGUGGCCGCUAGACCCGAGGCUCUACGAUGCUCCGGGAGGCGAAGCCUACACUGCGGUCAAGGCCACCAACAUCGACAAUAUGGACCUGGGCACGGACUCAGGGUUAGAAGCAAUCGCGAUGGCGCUGAAGUUUGCCAUGCAGGUUAUCGGGCCGAACCGCGUUGGCGAGUUGUUCGACAGGACGACACAAUUGAGCGACAAUAUCGAGGCCUACUUCCUGUUGAAGCUGAAUGGCUUGCCCAAGGCCCAGCGGCCCCAGUUGCCUGCGAGCUGCGGCAACGUCUACGACCCCAAGAUGUUGACAGAGGCCAUCAAAGUGCAGUUCGCCGAUUUGCACGAGGCAGAAG